AACUAGCUACUAUGUGGAAUUGCAAUCAGAUUAUUAGCGGUCUUUGUUUUGGGCAGCGCACUGCGCAUACUUCGGUUUUACUCGCAUUCCGACCGCUUGCAGAAUACAGUUUCGCAUUCCGUCCACCAGAUCGCAUUCGUCCCAAGUAGGAGUACAAUCUUGAUUUCUUUCCCUCUGUUUGUCAAAACUUGAUAUAUCUCGUUCUCCCAUUUAACUUAACUAUGGUUGAAAGCUAUCCGGAUGUAUUUCCGUUAAAGCCGCCUCUGUUUCGUAACUGGCUAUAAACAGUUUUCAUCAUGAUUGUUUAACUACUCGUAGUCCUGCGAGCGUAGGAUGUAUGUACCUACACUGCGCUUCGAUCUAGUGCAGUGUCUGCCAGUCUGCUUUUCUGUCUGUGGACAGUGCACAAUCAGUGAGUCACAGCUUGCUUGCUGUGUGCCUCUAGGGCGCAGACGGGUGUUCAAUACCAAAGUUACAGUGUUCAGAGUUAUGAGACGGCUUUGAGCAGCGUGUGGGAUUUGAGUGAUUAAAAGAGUUCUCUGCUAGCAAAUAGGUUUCCUUCUGCAACGUGUAGACGUCGGUGCCGGAGGCCCGGAGCACACGCCUUUCUGAUCCGCUUGGGAACUUUUCACGCAUGUAUCUGUUCGGCAUCUUCAGUUAAACUGGACCACGGAGUGCAUGAUACAGUAUUUACUGGUCAAGCACACUAUAAUUUAAAAUUAAAGCUGUAUUUCAUUUGAAGUGGAUCGCUGUGAUUCGGUUUGUACCUCUUAGCCAGUGGAUCGUUCCUGCUCCCUGUAACUCAUGCAUUUCGUUUGGAAGCAUAGUUCAUUUAUUUCAUCAAAUUGUCAAUAACCUCCAAAGUCUCUACCACAUGUGUAUUUUAAAUUAAGUACGAGAGAAAGAUAAGCUGAAACAUUAUGGAAGUUUUGGGCGUCCAGCUGGCGCCGCUCCAUGUCCCGCUGGAGCGCCGCUUGCAGACGUUAGCGGUGCUGUUCCACGUCAGUACAUUCCUGUUCAUGGGACUGGCCAGCACCAUCCUCCUCUUCAUGCUCCUCUUCACCUCGCUAAGCUGGCUGUCCCUCCUCUACGCUGUGUGGUAUGUGUACGAUUGGGAUCGGAGUUCGCGUGGUGGACGACGUUAUCAGUGGGUGCGUCAUUGGACCCUCUGGCGUUGGGUGCGGGAUUACUUCCCGGUGCGGCUGGUCAAGACAGCCGAACUGGAUCCUCGCUACAAGUACAUUCUGGGCGCCCACCCGCAUGGCAUCAUGGGCAUCGGGUUUUUGUGCUCGUUCGUGACUGAAUCGUUGGAUUUCAGUAAAGUGUUCCCGGGCAUCCAGCUGCAUCUGUUGUCGCUAAAACUGCUGCAUCAGCUGCCGCUGUACCGUGAAUAUGUCAUGUCGUUGGGUCUGUGUGAUGUCAGCAAAGAAAGCAUUGCCUACCUUAUGAAGCAGGGACCAGGAACAGCCACUGCUAUUGUGGUUGGUGGCGCAAAAGAGGUUUUCCAUACACAACCUGGCACAAAUUUGGUUUUGAAAACCGAAAAAGGUUUUGUGAAGAUUGCCAUUCAGUACGGGGCACACCUGGUUCCGACGUUCGCCUUUGGAGAAAACGAUAUUUACCGUUUGGUACAUAACAGCCAACCUGGGUCGUGGACUCACAGGCUCCAGCGGUUGUUCCAGGUCAAGUCCGGGUAUGCUCCGGUACUGUUUAACGGCAGAGGCAUAUUCAACUACACCUUCGGAAUUCUACCGCACCGGAAGCCCAUUACCGUCGUAGUUGGAUCCCCGAUCCCGACGGUCCAAAACGAUGAUCCAAGUCAAGAGGAGAUUGAUACAGCUCAUCGACGAUAUUUGGAUGAGCUGCGGAUGCUCUUCGAUACCCAUAAGAAGCUCUACGGAAAAGGGGAAGACAAGUUGGAGUUCGUCGACUAACAAAAAUUAUGUUCCUUUGGUUGCUUUUAUAACACAUUAUUCCAUCCACUCUAAACUCGUAUUUGUACUUUAUUUUGAGCAUGAAGUGCAACAUGACCGUGUCUUACUUUCUGUACAGAGUACUACUCACUCUUGCGCUAUCUUGUGGUACCCUGAAUAAGUUGCGCAGUUAAUUAUGUAUUAUUAGUACCUCUAUAGAAUUUAUACUCUGCAUUAUUAUUAGGUAC